CUCUUUCCCGGGCGCGAUCAUGGCGGGCGUCGAAACCAAGAAGGUGCCGUCCGCUGAGUCUGGCAGCGCGAAGAAGAAGGGGGCGUCGGGUGAAGCCGGGGGCGCCAAGAAGGCACCGGCUGGUGAGGCCGGCGGCGCCAAGAAGCCAGCGGCCGGUGAAGCCGGCGGGGCCAAGAAGGGACCGUCCGGUGAGGCCGGCGGGGCCAAGAAGGGACCGUCUGGCGGUGCCAAGAAGGGACCAUCCGGUGAGGCCGGCGGCGCCAAGAAGGGACCGUCAGGUGAAGCCGGCGGUGCCAAGAAGGGACCGUCCGGUGAAGCUGGCGGUGCCAAGAAGGGACCGUCCGGUGAGGCCGGCGGGGCCAAGAAGGGACCGUCCGGUGAGGCCGGCGGUGCCAAGAAGGGACCGUCUGGUGGUGCCAAGAAGGGACCGUCCGGUGAAGCCGGCGCCGCCAAGAAGGGACCUUCCGGUGAAGCCGGCGCCGCCAAGAAGGGACCGUCUGGUGGUGCCAAGAAGGGACCGCCCGGUGAAGCUGGCGGGGCCAAGAAAGCUCCUGGCGGCGUAAAAAAGGCAUCCGCCGCGGGACAGGGCGGCCCCAAGAAGACGCCCGCCGGCAGCACCAAGAAGACGCCAGCCGGUGGAUCCGGCGGCGCGAAGAGAAAGGCGCCCGCCGCUGGACCGGGCGCUGCCAAGAAGGCGCCGGGCGGUGCCAAGAGGAAGGCACCCGGCGGCGGUCAGCCUGGAAGCGCGAAGAAAAAGGCGCCGGGCGGCGAGCCGGGAAGCGCGAAGAAAAAGGCGCCGGGAGGCGCAAAGAGGAAGGCGCCGGGCGGCGAGCCCGGAAGCGCAAAGAAGAAGAAGGUGCCCGCCACCGAGGCCGCGGGCACCAAGAAGGCGCCCGAGGCCGCAACCGUGAAGAAGGCCACCGCCGCCGGGGAGCUGGGAAGCGCCAAGAAGGCACCCGCCGGGGGGCCGGGAAGCGCCAAGAAGGUGCUGCCCUCGGUUCCCGAAUUGCUCCGGAAAAGGCGGAAGGCUUUUGCAGAGCUGAGGGCCCGGCGUUUGAGGCAGCUGUUGGCACAAAAGAGGAUGCGUAAGGCCCAGAGGAAAGUCAUCUACAAGCGAGCGGAAGCCUACCACAAGGAAUACCGGCAGAUGUAUCGGCGUGAAAUCCGCAUGGCCCGCAUGGCUCGCAAGGUCGGCAACUACUACGUCCCCGCCGAGCCCAAGCUGGCUUUCGUCAUCCGGAUCAGAGGGAUCAACGGCGUCAGCCCCAAGGUCCGCAAGGUCCUGCAGCUUCUUCGCCUGCGGCAGAUUUUCAACGGCACCUUCGUGAAGCUCAACAAGGCCUCCAUCAACAUGCUGCGGAUCGUGGAGCCCUACAUCGCCUGGGGCUACCCCAACCUGAAGUCGGUCAACGACCUGAUCUACAAGCGGGGUUACGGCAAGAUCAGGAACCAGCGGAUCGCCCUGACGGACAAUUCCCUCAUCCGGCGGUCGCUCGGCAAGCGCGGCAUCAUCUGCAUGGAAGACCUGAUCCACGAGAUCUACACCGUGGGCAAGAACUUCAAGGCGGCCAACAACUUCCUGUGGCCCUUCAAGUUGUCGUCCCCCCGGGGCGGGAUGAAGAAGAAGACCACGCAUUUUGUGGAGGGGGGGGACGCCGGCAACAGGGAAGAUCAGAUCAACAGGCUCGUGAGGAGGAUGAACUAAAGGUGUCUACGACAAAUCUUUUUCCAGUCGGAUGUGAUAAUAAAGCAUCUGUCCCAAA